AUGUGGUUUUUGGUACUCACGCACUUCAGGACAGGAAUUGACGUAACAUUUCACGUCUUCGCUCCCAAAAAGGACGAGAGAAAGUUGCGGUCGAUCCUGAAUAAAUGGGAAGACAGAGGACAUGUCAGCAAUUUAACAUUAUCCGAGAAGGAUUCCUAUCUCAGGUCGUUGAUCUCGAUACAGAGCUUGGAUAUAAAUCAAAUUGGAAUAAUCAGAGAAAAUGAUCAAUUUAUCUUAAGUUGCGUAGCAAGAGGUUCACCAACGAUAACAUUUCGAUGGUUUAAGGAUGGGACUUACAUUAACGUAACUGCAACCAGCAGGAAAUGGGUGAAACUUAUUAAGGAUCCGCAUGUAGCCGAUCAGUAUACGGGUCUUCUGGGCGUCGAAAGGGCACAUCCCUACGACGAGGGCAUAUUUACUUGUCAAGUGGAGGAUUUCAAUAUGAAAGAAUGUCUGUCCAAAGAAGUAUUAAUAGAAAAGAAACCCUCCAUUAAGAUAGAGCCAGUGAACUUGACAGUGAAGAAGGGCGAAAACUUCACGAUCAAGUGUGUAACUACUGAAGAAAGUCGGGAUGGUUCGAAAUAUAUUUACAGCUGGACAAAAAAUAAAGAAUUACUGCCAGUACGGACGGAGUUCGAAAAGUAUGAAGUUUUGUAUCCGUCGGGAACGAUAUUGCAGGUGAAAAGUGCGGAGAAAAGCGUUCAAUACUCUUGCCUUGUCCAAGGCUCAAAAGUAUCAUCAGAAAAAGUAGUGUCCGUGUAUGUUGUAGACAGGAAGGGCGUGUACACCUGCCCCGCGGGGCUUUUUCUAGAAAUGCUCUGGCCCGAAACAGCUCCUGACACGAACAGCAUUUUAAACUGCCCUAAAGGGUACUCUGGACUUGCCACUAGAUAUUGUGCACUUAAAGAUGGGCGCAAACCCGCCUGGGGCCUGCCCAGCUUUUCGGAGUGCACUCAUCACGAACUCGGACGCAUUUAUGAUACGUUUGAUCGCAUAAAGCUGGGAUAUUCAUCAACGUCAUUGGAAAAACUCUUUACUGGUAUAUUAAACUAUACCAAAAAAGAUUCUUAUACUCUAUUACCUGGAGAAGGUGCCAAAAUUUUAGAUAUCAUUCAUGAAAUUAUGCAGUUUACAUCCAAAUCACAAAGGUCUUUGGAACAAUCAAGAAAUAUAACGAAUAUUUUAUUUUCAAUUGUGGAUCAGGUAUUGUCAACACCAAAUUCAUUAACAAAGCAAGAGGAAAUUAGAACAGCUUUUGAACUCGUCAACGAACACCUAAGCCUCGUAGGAUCAUCGCUUGUUAGUCCUAAUAACAAUUUAUUUCGCAUAUCUAUGAACACGAUCGAUUUAACUGUACUAAAUCUUACUUAUUACCAUUCGAACAAAUAUUUCCAUAUUCCGAAUAACUUCGAUAAACCCACAACGCAAUGGCUAGGAGUUCAAAUUUCGGGAACGAACAUUCUUGUUAAAGAGAAGAAUUCACGACUUGCUGCUGGAAUUAUCUUUAGAAACAUUUCUAAUUUUAUGCCGCCCAGACUCUUCAUCAGAAUAAAGGACGGUUCAGAGCUCGAAUACGAGAUUUACUCCCAAAUCGUCACGCUUCUUCCUCUUCCAGAAUUUUUCGAAAUGUAUCCAAUCGCUAUUGACUUUAAGCACCAGUUAAACCAUAAAAUGAACUGGAGCGACGAUGAAACCUGGAGCGUCAAAUGCGGAUAUGCAGAUCUAUCCACGUUUACCUAUUCCUGGAAUAUUUAUAGUUGCUACACCGAGGUAUUGAGUGAUUUAAAAACGAGGUGUAUUUGUCCGAAGCAUGGGAUUUUUGCGUUGCUCUUAACUUUGGCACCUAAGACAAAAACAGAAGAAUCUACAUCAAAUGUGUUUUUCUUAAUAUUAGCCUCUAUCACUGGAAUGGUCCUUACAGUGAUAACGACAGUUUGCUUAAGCGUUUCGUGUUUUUUAAAACCAAAAUCAACGUUGACCAUGUUAAAAUUACAAUGUUCCUUUUCGAUUUUUCUGUUUGGGAUUAUCUUUUUAAUAGCUGUAGUCAUUGGACCAACUCAGUCAUAUUAUCUACUAUUUCUAACUGGAUUAGAAACAACAAUAUUACUGAGUUUAUCCAGCCAUUUGAGUAAGUUGCUCAUUAUUUUUACCGAAUUAACGGAAUUGCCAAAGUCGAUGACAUCGAAACAUACUGUUACAGGAAUUAUCUCAGGGGUGCCGGUGAUUACAGUGUUCGCUAGUCAUUUAUCCUACAAAACGAUGGACGUAAAAUUGGAGUCGUGGUGGAUCCUAAAAGGGACUUUAUCCUUUAAUAUAUUCAUUUGCGUCACUUCAAUAAUGGCGGUUUUGUUCGUAUUUAUUUACACCAUCGUCAUGAAGAAGCUCGAUAAUCUUUUAGAGAUUAACGAAAAGUAUGCGAAGCCUCUUCAUAAAAGGCAAGGGUUGCUGAGAAGAUCGUGUGUUGUAUUUAUUUUUUUAAUACUGUUUUCUAUAAGCAGUAUUAUCUACAUUAAUACGCCCAAUAUAUUAUGGAGUAUUUGUCAAUUUAGUGCUUCAAAUAUUGUUAUGGGUCUAGUUAUUUUAGUAUGUUAUAUUUUAAAAUCAGAAACAAGUAUAAAUGAAAUGUUUGAAAAGAAGAAAACCAACGAAAACACGUUUUUCAGUUACAAUUCUUCAAAUAGUUCUCCCCUGAAAUUUAUAACCAGACAAGAUCCAGAAGUAGAGAACGAUUCCACGCCCCAUAUGAAACCCGAGCAGUUUACGAUGGUUAAUCGGGAUUCCACAAAACCCUCCAUCGUCGGGAAAUCUCAAAGUAUCGCCGCAACGUUUGAGAGCUGCCUGCACAACAUGCCAAACUGCGACAGUCGAUUGGAUGUCGCUGCCACGUCACAGAGGUAUAAACAGCAAGCCUCCUUGGAGUAUUAUAACUCCAGUCCCCAGAGUUUCAGAAAGUAUUCCGGAGCUGCUACAAUAUGUUCGCCUGACAUCUUAGCCAACAAAGUCUGCGUCGAACUGGACUUAGUAGCAUCAAGUCUUCAACGACAGCCUAGUAGAUCAUCAAAAGUGUCCUCCACAGCGCCAUCAAUAAGUCCAGAUGAAGCGAUAGCCCAAAUUUUGGACUACUCCAAAGACCCACCUCUAUCUGUCCCACCAGCGGAAGGCUCAUACAAGGAGCGUACUCAGCCAGACGGUCACGAUGAGAGCAUCAUCUGUGAAAAAGCUCUUAGUACCGUGGAGGAGGUCAGCGAGACAGAGAUGGAUUCACCAGAAGUUAGUGAAAAACCAUCUCCUGUGAACAGUGACAUAAAAAUUUUAGUGCAAAGUGCAAGUGUCUGUGAAUCCGUGAAAAGUGAUAAUCUGGAUGGUAUGUUGGAUAGCAUUAGCCAGGAUCUGGAUUACUUGUUAAACAAAAGUGACGAAGUGGCGAUUACAACUUUAAAAAGGGGGUCCAAGAGUCAUGCUAGUACUAAAGAUACUAGUGAAUUGCCGGAAAGUGUAACUAUUAGGAGUAAGUGUUAAGAGUUUUUUAAUUAUAAAAAAUGUGAGCUUAUUCCAUAUAAAGAAAACGCACUUUGAUAUAAUACUUAAUGUUGUUUACUUUUCAUUAAAUUAAUUUAAUCUAUGAGGCCGACCAAUACUCAAUAAAAAUUGUUAAUUUUCGUAACCUUUUAGAAGACAUUUUGGGUUGUUAAUAGAAAUUGUACAUG